UUUUUUCCAGGGUAAGGCGGUACGUGAUUCCACGAUGGUUAUUUACCAAGAUGCCCCAUUCCGACACCUGUUGUGGCCGUGUCGUCUACCCUAGUGAAGAAGGCGUCUCAGGCACUAUUGGGACCCGACAGCAGUGGUGAUAGUUUUCGAGACAUAUUUUGUGACAGUGGCGAAGAAAAAUGAACUGGUAUUACUGCGUGAUAGCAGCUUUGAUUCAGCUUGCCAACUCGGAAGUUGCUGAAGUGCCGAGUGCUCGCAGUUCCCCUCACCCGCUUCACGUUUACGAAGGGGACGAUGCGUUAAUAACGUGCGUUGUUAGAUCGAUAGGCUCGAAUACAGUUGUCUGGAAAAAGGGUGACAGUGGAACAGCGAGGUGGAAAGUCCUUACCGCAGGACACGAGAGAGUUUCACUCGACAAAAGGAUACGGGUCAUACACGACGACGGUGGUGAUGUUUGGGUCCUGGCGAUCAAACAUGUAAGAGCGAAUGACACUGGGCUCUACGCCUGCGAGGUCAACAGCACCCCAGUUGUCCAGACGUUUCACCACCUUUCGGUUCUGUCGAGGGACCUUGUACCUCCGCCGACGCCGACUUCCCUCGCAGGGACGGAAAAACCGCCAAAUCACAACUAUACAGACUGCUGCAUCGCCCUUAACGUAACGUCGGACUGUCUCGGCUUCUGCAACAUACAGAGCAUCUUGGAUGGGACGACGGGCCAGGACCCGGAACACUGCGAAACAGAUUUUCAAUCUAUCGUCAAAUGCAUGGCUGACGGACGGAAUCACGUACCAUGCUGCGUUGAAGAGAAAGUCCCUGAUAUCUGCCAAGACGUCUGCAGAGGCGAGUACACAAUGAUAACAGACAACAUCAAAACCCACUUUUCCUGCGCUGCAUACACAGAGCAGACUCUUGCCUGCAUUGUACAAGGAAUCGAGAUAUUACCAAGCGAACCACUCGACGUGGUCGUCACACCGCUCAGCGACACCUCAUUCGGCGUUGAAUGGGUUCCACCGUUCAACAAUGCAGAAAGAGUCACGGAAUACACUGUGAACGUCACUAUGCUCAGGAGUUUCGAUCCUUCCGACGUCGCUUACGACGCUCCUGACAACACGAGCGUGGACAUAGUGACGCCGCACAGCGUCCAAGUCAACGUUAAGGUUACUGACAACUUGACGAAUUACGUGGUAAUUAAGGAACUGGUCCCGUUCACAAUGUACGAAGUGUCUCUGAUCGCGAAGAGCAAAUACGGUACGAGCCUUCCGUCGAACCCGGUACGUUCGCUGACGAUGACCCCUGGACGUAUGAAAGACGAUAAGCCGGUCGCCUUCCCCAAGCUGCCCGACGUCAAGAAAUGCUGUAUGGACAACGGAAUGGACAUCGACAAAUGUUUGCCAAAAGUGUGCGACGUGAACGAGAUCGUCAACUUGCAGACUUCGGACUUGAUGAUCUGCGCCCCCUGGGCCAACACGACUUUCCGAUGCUUGGCCAACGGGGUCGACCAUACUCCAUGCUGUAAAGCGCGGGGACUUCCGGACGUCUGCCAACACCUGUGUUCUGGAAAUGUGUCCCAGUUAAACUUCAUUUACUUCAAAUGCAUCAAGUACAUUCCGACCUACCGCGACUGCCUCUUACAGGGUUACGGAGUCAUACCUGGUCCGCCGUCCCGGGUCCGGGUGACAAACAUCGAAGUCGACUUCGCCAUAGUCAACUGGGAACCGCCGACCUUCCUGGCCGAUACGGUCAUACAUUAUAAUCUGUACUACAGAGUUUUGAAUUCGGAGGCUGGCUCACAGGUCAUGACGAUAGGCUCGGUUAAGCCACCAUGGAUUCUUGAAGGUCUUAACAGUGACACACAUUAUGAAAUUUAUGUGACAGCCCUUAAUGUGCACGGAGAAAGUGAAACUUCCCAAAGAGUUAUAUUCAGUACCCAAAGCAAGAUAUUUGAAGCAAAAUUGGAGCCCGAUGAAGAUGAGUAUAAUGUCACAGCUUGCUGCGCCUCAGCAGGCCUUAGCUCCCCUUGCAUGCCACUUUGCAGCUAUGAUGCGAGCAUGUCCCAGAUCAAGGCGCUCGCUGGGGUAUGCGGGCCCGAAUUCUCUAAACUUAUCAGAUGUGGUGCUGGCGGUCGUAACCACAGCCCUUGCUGCGCGAGGAGAGGCGUACAGUCUUCAUGCCUGCCCCUAUGUUCCGGCGUCGUCACAAGAACUCUCAUCAGCACGUCUUCAACAUGCAUGCCCUUCAUUGGAAACAUUGUGCAAUGCUUUGAAGAAGGCACUGGAAUACUGCCUGGGCCCGUAUCAGAACUACAUGCUGUCGAAGUCACCGACUCGUCUGUCACAUUAACAUGGGAGCCACCGUCUAAGGGAGCAAAUGCGACAGGAUAUGUGAUCAACUACAAAAAAGUGGACAAGACUUCAAUGCAUGAAACAGUACUGAAACUCGAUAAUCAAAAGAUGGUCACUACAACAAGCAACACUCUGACUGAUCUUGAGAAAGGUGAGCUUUACAAUAUAUUUGUAGUGGCAAGGAAUCAACACGGAACUUCACUCCCAUCAUCCAUUUUGCUCAUCAACAUAACAAAAACAAAUAUCGGUGACAAGACCAUUGCUGCCAUUACGUCUCCGCCUCAUUCUCUCGCUGUGUCCGGUCACAGUGCUCAAUACGUUACAAUUACAUGGCAGCCGCCAGAAUUCAGCAAUCCAUCGGAGAAACUGUCAUACAGGAUAUUCUACAAGACGAGUGCGGACUCUUCGUUCAACGCUGCUGAAACGUCAGUAACUUCACACACACUACAGCGUCUCAGCCCUAACACUCAGUACAUCAUUUACGUAACGGCUAUUUCCAAAAAAGGACAGAGUUUGCCAUCUGAGACAUUAAUUGCCUGGACUGAUCCAGCAUAUCCAGCAUUUGUUGAGCUGCCAACAGUCCACCCUAUAAACUUGAUCGUCGAAGGAAGCAGCAUGACUGUUUUGUGCAUAGCAAUGGGUACACCAAUGCCUACGAUUUCUUUGUAUAUUUCUGGAAGGCUUGUAAGGCAAGAAGUGACCAGGCACAUGGUAACGGUGAUUUAUAAUGUUACAAGAGACAUGAAUCACAUUUCAUGCUAUGCUGACAACGGAUAUGGCACUCCAAACGAAUCGAGGAGAAGAAUCGUCAUAAGCUAUAAACCUCAUCUGACAGCAUCAGGAAUCGCAAUGGCCACGCACGGCGACACUGUGACUUUAGAAUGCCUGGUCGAAGCCCAUCCCGAGCCGCAGAUGAUGUUUUGGCAAGACAUUACGCAAAGAAUACCUGUCAUUCAGAGCAAUAAGUUCGCAGUUAAUAUAAUCCGCAGUAAAGAUGAUGAGGACAAAUGGAUUAUGCAUCUAACAAUCAAAUCAAUAACAGAUGCCGAAGAAGGUGAAUAUUUCUGUCAUGCUGAAAACGCUUUUGGAAAUGCAACAAGAGCAGUGUCAGUCAGGCUUCGAAAUGUUGCACCUGUGUCAAACAUCACACAGUGUUGUAUCGAACAAAAUGUGACGUCGACUUGCAUGGAUGCCUGUUCAUUUUAUCUUGACAUAGAUGCUGUAAUCGAUAGACCUGAGUGUAUCAAUGAUUUUGAUAAAUUUAUGAAAUGCGCAUCAGAUGGUUCUGACCAUCGUAAGUGUUGUGCCCUGUCCGGUGUUGAGAGAAAUUGCCUUGAAUGGUGCAGAGGAGAGCCACUAUUCGCUCAAGACAGUAAAAUUUGCUUGUUGCAACAUACGAAAAAAGUUAUAUCAUGCUUUAGAGAAGGAAGAGAUCGCCUACCUGGACCACCGCAGAAUGUAAGGGUUGAAAGAAUCGACGAUCAUUCAGUCUGGGUCAGGUGGGACCCUCCGAUUAAGAACCCACACACAGUAGAAAUGUACAGAGUUUUCUGGAGACAGGAAGGUCCCAAAAACUCACCAAUCAAGAUUGACAGCAAAACAACAAGUGUGAAAAUAACAACGCUCAAAUCUGGAGUGAUAUACGAGUGCAUGGUUAAAGCUGGUAAUACAAGAGGAACGAGUACACUUACAGAAACUGUGCGCUUCAGUACAGAUGAAAAAUACAUUACCUCAGCAGCCAGCAUGGGAGAAGAACAUUCUCAAGUUGGCAUGGCGUUUAGUCUAGUCUUCAUAAUCGCAUUCAUUGUAGGAGUUCUUGCAGUUGCCGUUUGGUUCAUAAGAACAAGAAGCCUAUUAGGGCACAAAUCAACGAGCGGCGUUGCCUUUGAAAAUCCGAGUUACCUUCGAGAAGUAAAUAUGGACCACAUACAGACAUUAGAUGCGAACACAAGCAGUGGGGCAAAUCAUUCAGGUUGGAAACAGGAACAGCUUCACGUCCCCGCAUCUACAGAAGUGCCUCCGUCCAUUUAUGAAGAGUUGAAACUCGGCCAGGACGGUGCUGGAUUCAAGAGGCUAAAGCCAUAGUGCCAGGUGUCGUACAUACAGUCCCAUGUGUGAUAAUAUGAAAAGGGGCAAAUUCGUAUAGCUCAUUUCUAUUAAAAAUAAAUUUUAAAAAAAUAUAAAAAAAAAUAUCGACACUUGUACAGUAUUAAACAGAGAGUAAGGAAGAAGGGGUAAAUUCUGUUUAAGACAGGAAGGGGAAUGCACAAAAAAUAGUUAUUUUCCAAGGGGGUACUGCUUUGUGUAAAAACAAUCUUUUGCUUUGAAUUAAAAAUAAAUAUAAUUGUAAAUAAUCUUUUUAAUAAUAGUUGUAUGUUUGUAAUAUUGUGUUUUAUUUUGCUUGAUGGAAUGGAAAUAAUUUGUAAAUUUCUGACAAUGUAAGCCUAACUUGUUUUGAUAAAAAGUUAUUUUUUCAGAUUGCGGUAAACACGGUUUCAAAGACUCACGAAAGAUUUUUUUAAACAUUUUAACAAUAUAAUUAUAUAUUUUAUUUUCUCCUUCAGCCAUUCUUUCCUUCCAAUUUAAUAUAAAACAUAUCUAGUCCCGAGACUAAAUUAGUGAAAUCUAGGUGCUCUGUUUUAAGAGGUCUGGUUUAAACAAUAAUCACACUCCUAGUGUCUGUCUAGUGUAACGAACAACAAUUGUAAAAUAAUGGUUUACAAAGCAGGGUUUGAGUAUUUAUAUUCUAGAGGUCAGCAAAAACAAAUUAAAAAGUUAAAAGUACUUUUUGAUGUGUAUAGUAAAGAUGACAUUGUUGUAAAUAUUAAUAUACAAAAAAAAAUAUUUUACAAAAGUUGUAUGAACUCGGUAUUAAAUGUUAAUAGAGUGUGAAACAGAAAACAAGUACAUGGGUAAAGAAAUAUAUAAAUUAUUACUAAUUGUAGUCAGAUGAUACUUUGAUAAAGUAUAAACUAAGGUGAAUGAGUGUUUCAUAUGUGAUGGCAAAAUAAUAUGUCCAUCUUGUGGCAUAUCAUUUAUCCAUAAGACCUGUGCCUUGAGAUAAUUUAGGCUUUCUAAAAUAUAAUUUUGAACAAAUGCAUACUUUUGUCUUAAUUAAAAUCACAGUUACAGUUUUGUAAAAAAAAAUGACCAUUACUUUUUUUAAAUAAAUAAAGAAAACAAAAAUAUUUAAAAACACAAAAAAAAUUAUAUAGCGCUAUUUAGAUAAUUGCAUGUGAUUUUGUUUUUCAACAUUUUAUUAAACACUUAUAAAAUAAUCAAUUCGUUUUUAUCAAUUAAUAAUUGUUAAUGUUUGUAUAGAACACUGUUGAUGUGACGAAUAAAGUUUCUUAGUGAUAAGUAGAGGGUAUAGUACCAACCACUCACAAAGGUUAGAAUAUAUUUUGUAUAUCUGGUCAAUCUAGAUGUCCAUUAAGAAUAUAGUGAGUACUAAACAGAAAGAAAGUUGCCAGAAAUAUAGAAUUUUAUCUCAAGAUUAUCUUUUCUACAAUGUUAGUUUCCCAUCUGAUAUUGAGAUAAUGAAAAUAAAUGUAUGAAAAAAAAAUAAAGAAACAGAUAUUUCUAAA